AUGGACCUCACCCCCUCCCCCACCAACAACACAAAACGCUACACCCGCCGCGACUCCGACGCCCCCGAACUCGCCUCGCUCCCCCUCCCCCUCCGCCCCCCAAGCACCGUCUACACCACCGACGCCAAACCCAAACCCACCUCGCGCGUCGUCUCCUUCCAACAACAACAACAACAACACCCCCAUGACUACACGAUCCCGCGCAGCGACCCAGACUACGGCUCGACGAGGCGGCGGUCGGCGUUUCGGAGGUCCAAGACGUUUUGGGUCGUGGUCGUGUUGGUUAUGGCGAUGAGUUUGGCCGUGGGUGUGGGGAUUGGGUAUGCGGUGGGGGUCAAUGGAGCGAGGGUUGUGGUGCAUACGCCUGGGGAGGGUUGGUGGGAGGGAGAAGAUGAAAGACCAGAAAAGCGAUCAAGUCAGUCAAGUCAUGAUUACCAGAUGCCUGUGCCUAUGUAA